AUGCUCUUUGAUACCGCAAAACCUGCUGAGGAUCAAUUUGAUGAAAACGUCAGAAUAAUCAACCAAGUUAAAAUAAUCAACCAAGAAGAUGGACCUCGGGCUGCUCUUGAAGUUACUCCUGGGGCUGUUUCUAGAGUUGUACCAAGGGAGGCAGCGCCCCUUUUGAUUCCUCAAUCACCGGUGCUUGUGCCGAGUGUCCUCAGCCCAAUAAUUGGGCGCUGGAAAUCAGAGGACAAGGCAAAGGCCGAGCUCGAGGAAAAGACAGCAGCUGCAGCAGAAAAGACAGCGUCUGCAGCAGAGGCUAAAAGGCUUAAAAAGCAGCGGAAAAAUAAGGCUCGAAAGGAGAAAAAGAAUUUGAAAAAGCAAUCAGUCAGCGAGAGCCAGUCCAGCGGCGAAGACACGCGUAACGAAGAGAAUCAGCUCGUUCUAUAUGAGGAAAUCUUAAGUGAUGAUGAGCUUAAUCUUAAUUCAGCGCUUCCGAAUAGGUACAAAAAUGAUGAUGAAAGUUUACUAUCCUGUGCGGAACUGAAAAUUCUUUAUAAAUAUUUGGCAAGCAUAGAGGGUGAUGCUACAUUUAUCAGAAACACCCGGUUUGCUAUCGAGAGAUUCACGAAAAUGAUACGUAGAGGAGAACUAAAGUGCUCAGAAAUUGUGAGAAAUGAGGAAAUAAAAGCUCACGCUGUUGAGACUAAGCCGAGUCUCCGAUUGGGAUCAACAAUCGAGUGGAAAAGUCCAAAAGGUGUCAUGAAAGGUGUAAAAAAAUGUUUACCCAUAGAUUCGAAAGUUAGCUCUGCAUCCGUUGAAAAGGAGUACCAAAUGGGAGAAUUGAAGAAGGCUGUAUCCCCUACCUUGAAAUUCGAAAUCCUAACCAAGGAUGAUAAGACUUCCGAAAUGAUCUCUCAAGCACCUGUUAAAACUUCCCAGUUCACUGUUGAGUCUAUUGAAAAGCCUGAUUACAAGAACACUCAGCAGGAAAAAUUUAAGGAGAUCGAGACAAGCCAAGCGUCACCAAAACCGUCUACAGAGGCUGUGGCGCCAGUUUCCGGUGAAGAAAUAAAAGAGACCCCCAAGAUUACAGCACCAACUCCUGUUGUCAAUGAUGUCAAAGAGGUUUGGGGGCUCGAGAAGCUUUUUCCGCCGGUCGUCCCAAGUGAAACCAAAGUGGUCAAGACUAGGGCGGUAGCAACGCCCAGGAUCCCGGAGACAAGAGCAGACAAGAUAAAAGCGUGGUUAGCAGAGAACGGACAGCCUGAAUCCACCAAGGUCACCGAGUCUACUGUCCCCCUGCUUAUUCCUGAUGGAGCCGAAGAAUCUCAGGUCGAUGAGACUGUAUCGACGGAUACAACCCAGGUAAUCAAUCAGGGACCAACCAAAGCAGGGAUCCAAUCUGUAGAGACGGUUGUGGUACCAGCCUUUGUAGUCUCUGAAACCAAAGAGUUCGAGGAGCUUGAAAUUCUGCCACCCAAAGUUCUGGAAAGUGAGAGCAUUCCAGAGCUCAAUGAGCUUGAGGCAUCUGGGAUCGAGUCACCAACUCUUGUUGAUGAACUUUCGACAGCCCCAAUCAAACUCGAGGGUGCAUCUUCAGCUGAGGUUAUGAUUCCAUCAACCGUCGGGUCGCCAACUCCUGCUGAUGAACCUCUAACGGCCCUAAUUGAACUCGAGGUUGUAUCUUCAACUGAGGGUACGAUUCCAUCAAUCGUCGGGCACGAUCAAUUGAAAAAACAAGAUGAGGUUUACUUCGGGGAAUGUGAUUAUCUCGUCCAGGAACUAGAGGAACUGCUCUCGCAAAGUGCGCCUGAGCCGAACCUUCAGCCCGAAGAUUCAUCCCAGGUGCAGGAAGAGCCUCAAAUUCCUGAGGAAGUUUCUCCUACUGGUCCUGAAGUCCCCCAGAUUACCAUCACAUCUGCUAUUCAGGGAGCUCUCGAACCUCAGAAAAUCCAGGAAUGCACAGAGAUAAUCGCCCCUGCAGUUGAACUGACCGCAGAUGAGGCUGUUCCUAUUGGUAAGAUGAUGAGGAUUAACAUCGAAUUGGGGGGCAAUAUUAUAGAAGACAUGGAUACUCAAGGUCCACUAGAAUCUUCCUCUAGCCAAGCUCUGGGGAUAGCAAAGUUGCUCACGGCCCAUGAUUGGCAGACUGGUGGAGAUGAUAUCUUAGAAUUUCUAAAGAACUUUGACGAUAGUUCCCUCGGAGUCGUCUCUUAUAACGACCUGGAGCCUACUGCCGCGCCUAACGAGGUCCUAGAGCUCUCAAACGAUAUGGAAGAGACUACUCGACCGUUUGAUGCAGACUUUGAUCUAAACUAUCGAUGUGAUGAGAAUAUAGACAUAGAGGCUAUCUUCAACGAGAUACUUGAUCAGGGCGAACUAUUAUCUGAAGACCAGAUGAAUGUUUGCCAACUCGCAAACAUGGAUGCGAAUGGCCAAACGGAUGUUGCGGAUCAUAUAAUGACUGAAGUGAUGUCUUCUGAGCAUAUCCCGACUGUCGAUGGGGUGGAAAUUGACCAACUCGAGUUCAGCGAAAAUGACCUAUUUCGACAGGAAAUACUGGCAGCAAGCAUCGAUGAGAGCUUACUUAACCAGACUCAAAUGGUACCAGAAGCUACCGUAGCUAUCCCAGCGAAUAACGAAUUCGAAGGUCAACAGAACGGGGCCGACAAUGAAUUUCAAUUCGAGAUGCCGCAGGAGAAAUUUAUUCCUCAGUUGGAUACAAGCCUUACCGCAUCACGUUCCAUUGAGCAAUUCACUCCAGUAUCCCCAGAAUCUAGUAUCCUUGUCUCCCAGUUAACUACCGAGCAAGUAUCGUACCAGGAAACUAUUCAUCCUGAACUGAGUAUCGAGAAUGCCGCUCUAUUAUUAUUAAGACCAACCCAGGAAGCCUUUGCCCCCCAAUCCUAUACCGAGAAGUCUCCAAUGGCCAUAUCGCAGGAGGUUUUUAACUCCCAGUUGGUGACCGAGCAGCAGUCUACUCCAGUUGAGUUGGCACAACCAGUGGAUUUGGCACAACAAACCUUUGUCCCCCAGGUAGAGAUUGGACGGACCUCUCAAAAACCGACAGAAAAAAAUAUUUCAGAACCCUCUACUUCUGUGGAGUUGUUUCAAGGAACCAUUAUUCCCUAUUUGCCUGUUGAUCAGCCUAUUUCGUUGGCCACAACGCAGGAACCUAGCCGCCAGAUAACCAUUAAGCAGUCGGUUUCCGAGUUUGAUAUCGAGCAGUCACCCCCAGCGGCGCCGCUAGAGGAUACAACACAAUCAACACAAGAACAUCAAAUUUCCCAGGCCGUGAUUCCACACCCUAUCUUUAGCACCGCUAAUCUGUCUUCAACCACUAUCGAUGGAACGGAGCUCGAUAUCCCUCAAAAGUCCCUUGACUCCGUCAUAAACACGUUUCCUUUCAUUUUCGCACUCCAAGUUACUGAAAAGACCAGCAACAAAAGAUGUGUUGAACCUGAUGACGAUAACGAUGACGAGGACGAGGACGAGAAUAUCCAAGCUAAUAUGGAGGUAAUGAUGCUCACAAAGCGACCUGUCAUUCCCCUCCGCAAGAAGGUACUUGAAACCACCAUGGUGAAGGUGGCCCCAGCAGUAGAUAUGCCGAUGAAGCCGAAGGGUACAACUGGCAUCAGGAUGAUCAUGACAGCACCGACCCAAUCCGACAAGGAAAUUUCCCUCAAGAAGGUCAGUAGUGCCAAUUCCACAUCCACUGAUAACCCGUGUCAACAGCGUACCAAGAUAGAAGUAGCCCCUGAGACCGAGGAGCUCAAAGCGGAACCCAACUAUGACAGUGCCAAGGUCAACAUGCAACAGCAGCUCAACAAGACCACGACCAAGCUUCAAGCUAUAACGAUGGAAAAGUCGGUUGCUUCCGCUAGACAGAGGGGGAUGGAGAUUGAUGAUAAAGGUUUUUUCCAGUUGGGUUUGGAAAAGAAUAAGCCACGUCGGAGAUAUUGA